AGCUUUUCCCAAAGGUCACCCAGGAUAUCUAAGGCCCCAGUGGAGACUGACAGGGACUGAGCACCAGCAGGUAAGUGGCAGGAGAUAACCAUUGGGACUCUAGUCGGCUUGAAUAUGAAUAUUGAAUGGUAUCAGUGUGUGGAGGUGUAAACGGAUGUAGAACUUUGUCCAAAUGUCUUCUUCUUCUCCCUGAUAGUAAUGGCUUAUCAGAGUGAGAUGGUGAUCAGCUCCCAGCCUCAGGUCACCAUCAACAACUACACCGUGACCUCCUCUGGGUCCUCAGAUUGGAGCUCCAACGUUUGUGACUGCUGCGAUGACUGCGGCAUCUGUCUGUGUGCGAUCUUCGUGCCCUGUAUCCUGGGCUGUAAAGUUGCACAGGACAAUGGGGACAGUUGCUGUGUGCCUUUCCUCCCUGGAGCCUUGAUCGCCCUGAGGACAAGCAUCCGGAGCAAAUACCGCAUCUCUGGUUCCGUGUGUGAUGACUGGGUAGUCAUGACCUGCCUGCCUUUCUGCGGACUCUGUCAGAUGGCCAGGGAGCAGAAGAUGAGAGGCUGAUUGGUUAAAUGAGGGUAAUAGGUACAGGCUUAAUGACAAUCAUGCAUCCAGUCAUGGGAAAAAAACAGUGUACCUGACGUCACAGGUACAAUGUCACAGCCUGGUUGGAAUAUCCUAUGCUUUGAACACAACUUUGUUGAAGUAUUGCCUUGACUGUGGCCAGUCCAUCCUAUAUUUAUUAUGGGCUGUGCAAUACUCUAAUAAUAUCAUUAUACUACUAAAGAACCGUACCUUAAACUAUACAUUAUAGUUUACUACUAUGAGGUACUUUAUAUAGUGGUGUUUUUUAUCAUUAUCCAAUGGUGUGUAUUUGCUUGUCGGAAAAUGACCUGAUUGAGAUGUUUCAGAUUUCA